AUGGCGUGCCUCUCGUUUUUCUUCGUCCUCAUGAAGAAAAGCGAUGGAGUACGUUCUUUUCUUGAUCUGUUAAGUACGGGAACCUUGCUUUGACCUCAGACUAUUUUUUGUAAUGUAGGUGAAAGAACAGGAAAAAUGUACGCAUUUUAACUCUUUAUUGCAUUUCAAAGGUCAAUUGGUUUAAAAAAUAUCUAAAAUCCAUAUUUUAGAGUGUUCCUCAGAAAAGAGAUGUUUUAGAAUUGGUGAUUAACUUUUACCACAUCGUAAUUUUUUUAUGGGCACGUGAGAACGAGGAUUGAAGAAUACAAGAUUGAAGCACAGUGACUGAACUGAAUACCUGGUAAAAAUGCUUAGAAUCUGCUCCCGUUUGUUUUUAUAAAUAAAAAACUGUUCUCAACUACCAUAUUCGCCUGGUAACAGCCAAUUAAAGGUUGCGUCGCCACUAACAAUGUUAUCUUACUGUUUACCUCAUGUCUGAAGUGUCCUUCAUCGUACGCAAGGCGGGUAAACCGGUGAGGUAGAAAGGGAGAAAAAUCGUCGUAGUCAUUCACAGUUGUGGUUAGAAACAGUAAAAUGGUGGCUGUUUUAUUUCUUUUUUCAUUUUUUUUAGCUUGCCUAUGAUUAUAACAAGGAAAAAAGUUCUUUGCACGAUAUAAUGAUCUAAGGUCAUUUUCAGAGUUUCUGCUUGUUUGUUUUGAAAGUUCUUUGCAAUCUCUAUAUUUAAAAGCCCCCAUUUUUGCGGGAUAAUAGAGAGAGGUGGGCCUUGACAAUGAAUCACAAAACAUGCUCCAAAAAACAUUUAGAGACGUGUCCUUGAUUUUUUCAGAACAAACUGAGAGAUCCAACCGAAAGCGGGGAUUUUGUCUGCUGUUGUGGUCUGUUCGGGCCUUCAGAAGGUGAACGACCUGUGGCUCCACGAUCAGAAGAGGUUCGAGAAAACGUGUUCAAGGUCCAGGAGACUCCGCCCACUCGAGAACUGAUAGGAAUGGCGGGGAGCGAAGAGAACCCCAAGCAAACCCUUUCAUUGUUGAAAGUGGAAGACAUGGAGAGGCAACGUCGCAUCUCGGCUUCCGAGCCCUUGUUACCUGAGGCCAUUAGUUUGAUUCAAGAGGAUCUUCGGAAGACCGAGACUUUCCAACUUCCUCAUGUUUUUGUUGUUUUCGGGGCUUCUGUAAGUCGGAAAAGUAUUUUUGAAACGGAACGAAUAUUUUUUGGUAAAGUUACCCUUAAAUUCUUUUUCGUUAAAGUUAUAUAAACAUUUUCAGGGUGACCUGGCGAAGAAGAAGAUCUUUCCAACGCUUUGGUGGCUUUACAGAGAUAAACUUUUGCCCGAACAUAUUGUUUUCAUCGGUUAUGCUCGAUCCAAGCUCACAUUGGAGAAACUCCGUGAGUCAUUUGAGAAGUAUUGCAAGGUCCGAGAUGGCGAGAAAGGACGUUUUGAGGACUUCAUCAAGUGCAUUACUUACAUUUCUGGUCAGUAUGACAAAGACGAGGGGUUCGAAGCUCUCCGAAAGAGUUUUGAUGCUAUUGAAGUGAAGUUAAACAAGCCUCUAAACCGUUUGUUCUAUCUGGCCUUACCUCCAAAUGUUUUCGAACCCGUCACUAAGUUCAUCAAGAAACAUUGUAUGGACAAGGGGCAAGUAUUUUGACAGUGUUUCUUAAUUCAACUUUUUUGAUUUAGUAAUUCAUGGACUCGUGUUGUCAUCGAAAAACCUUUUGGGCAUGAUUCGGAGUCGUCUAGCGCCCUCUCGAAACACUUAAAUAGCUUGUUCACUGAAGAUCAGAUAUACAGAAUCGACCAUUAUUUGGGGAAGGAAAUGGUUCAAAACCUUGUGGUCUUAAGGUAAUCAUAAUUUCUGAUGAAACAUUCCUUCAGAUUGGGGAAUCGGUUUAUCAGUCCUACUUGGAACAGAGAUCACAUUGCCUGUGUGAUGAUCUCGUUCAAGGAAGACUUCGGAACUCAAGGACGAGGAGGCUACUUUGACUCAAGUGGAAUCAUCAGAGACGUAAUGCAGAAUCAUUUGAUGCAAAUCUUGACAUUGGUGGCGAUGGAAAAGCCAGCUUCAUUGUCUGCUGAUGAUAUUCGGAAUGAGAAAGUGAAGGUAUUGAAAUGCAUAAAGGAACUCGAACUGAAGGAUCUCGUCUUGGGACAAUAUGUUGCAAACCCAGAAGGAACAGGUAAGCUAAAAUUAGACAAAAAAACAAUUUUUCCGCGGUUGAGUUUAAUCGUUUUCAGAACACAAACUAUAAUAAACAGAAAGUUCUGCUGGGGAAUAAAAACAGAAAGGGAACGUAAAAAAGGGAAAAUAAUACAUAUUUUUCGGAAACAAAAAACGCCCGAUUUUUGUAAUCAUUUUCAGACGAUGAUGCGAGAACAGGAUAUCUGGAAGAUCCGACUGUUCCCAACGACUCUGUUACUCCAACCUUCGCGACGGCCGUUCUCCGGAUUAACAACGAAAGAUGGGAAGGUAUCCCGUUCAUCCUUCGAUGUGGAAAAGCUUUGAAUGAGAGAAAAGCCGAGGUCCGAAUCCAGUAUAAGGAUGUGUCCGGAGAUAUAUUUAAGGCCGGGAGUUUGAAGAGAGACGAAUUAGUCAUUAGAGUUCAACCGAACGAAGCCGUUUAUCUAAAACUGAAUACUAAAAAGCCAGGCUUCGACUUUGAGGCCGAAGAGACCGAAUUGGAUCUGACACUUCAUUCCAGAUAUAAGGUGACUACAAGAGUUUAUGCAACCCAAUUUUAUUUUAUAGGAUCUUCGUCUCCCUGAUGCAUAUGAACGUCUGUUCUUUGAUCUGAUGGAAGGUCAGCAAUACAACUUUGUCCGAAGUGACGAACUUGAGCAUGCCUGGCGUAUUUUUACUCCGGUCUUAAAACAGAUUGAGAAGGAGCGCAAGAAGCCUGAAACUUAUGUUUACGGAUCUCGUGGGCCUAAGGCGAGUGAUGAGAUCAUGAGAAAGAACGGCUUUGUCUUCACGGGCACUUACAAAUGGAAUCCCCCACAUAAACUGUAA